AGUACCCUGCCAGCCCUAUAAACAGGCUUUCUCCUUUCGGCCUUCCUCACAUCUGUCAAGACCGACAAGAUGAAUUUCCUUGCAGCUGCUGGACUGCUGCUGCUUGUGCAGAAUGCGAUUGCAGAUAAUACAACUCCAGCUGUGCCCAAGGACGUGUAUGCAACUACCGUGCUGUAUCGGCCUCCCACAGUUCCAGAGCCAAAUGGUCCUGCAGAGCCAUUUACCAAUGUGACCGGCGUCGUGGAUGACCGUGGAAUGUGCCAAUGUUCAGUUUACCUGCCUGAUACAACAUUUCCUGUACAGAAGGUAGAAAGCCUUGAAAUUCUGGCUCAGCAGCUCUCAGCAAAAUUUGAGAGUGAACUUUCAAAAGUGAGCCAGUACACCACAUUAAUUGAGCUCUACGAAGAAAGGAUGCUAAAUUUAACUGUCAAGAUAGAGCAUAUGGAGAAGUCCAGCAUAUCUUACACAGCGUUGGAAUUCGAAUUGAUCAAGCUGGAAAUCAGGGAGAUGGAGAGACUGAUUGUGCAGUUGAAGACGUCACUUACUGGAAGCAACGUGAUUGUGGAGCAGUUGUAUGUCGAGAUUCGGAAUUUGAGCAUCAUGGUGAAUGGACUGGAACAGUUGGAUAAGAAUAACAUCCUUGCAGUUCGCCGAGAAGUUGCAGCUCUGCAGGCUAAAUUGCGAGAGUGUGAAAAGGAGCGAAACCAGACUGUCAAACAUACCUACUUCCCACCUGGGAACUGUGGUCAUGGCCCAAUUUUGAACAUCAGUCAACCGUACGUGAUCCAGCUCAACUGGAGAGGGUUUUCUUACAAAUAUGGAGCCUGGGGCAGAUAUUCCUCUCCUCUUAGCCCUGGAAAAGAGCUUUAUUGGGUUGCACCUCUAAAUGCCGAAGGAAGAUACCUGGAAUAUUACCGACUCCACAAUUCCUACGAUGAUUUGCUGCUCUUCAAAUACUCCAGGCAAAACCAAAUUCAGUAUGGCGAAGGCAGUGGAACGGCCGUGCACAAUAAUUUUAUGUAUUAUAAUGUAUAUGGCUCGCGAGAUAUGGGUAAGCUAGAUUUAGCAACCAAUAAGUUGGUGUUGAGGAAGGCUCUUCCAGGCGCCGUUUCUAACAAUCGGUUCUCCUAUGCGGGGGUAGCUUGGCAAGACAUGGAUUUUGCCGUGGAUGAGAGUAGUUUAUGGGUUAUUUACUCCACAGAAGCCAGCCGAGGUAACAUAGUCAUUAGCCGGAUUAACGAAACGUCUCUUGAUGUGUUGAACACAUGGCAAACAAAGCAAUACAGGCCAGCGGUCUCUAAUGCUUUUAUUAUAUGUGGGGUGCUCUAUGCUACUAGGCCUCUGAACACCAGGAAAGAAGAGAUAUUUUAUUCCUUUGAUACCAACACUGGGAAAGAAGGGACACUAAGCAUCAUUGUGGAUAAAGUGCUGGAAACCAUCCAGAGCAUAAACUAUAGCCCAAUUGACCGGAGGCUGUAUAUCUACAAUGAUGGUUACCUCGUUCGCUAUGACUUACUUUUUGCGCCCCUUCAACCAGAAUAGUUUUCCCAGGGAGAUUCAAAGCUCCAGUCCCCGAAUCCACAAAAAUACAUUGAAAAAAAUUCGAGGACAUAGGGGAGCAAAGGCCCAAUCCAUUUGCAAAUCAUCAUCAAGCAAAGAGAACGUGUUUUGGAUCUGAUCACUUUGUUAAAAAUAUUCUUUUGGAAAAAAAAAUCCAAAAAGAGGGUUUGGGUAGAGUAGAGACGAUGCAAUAAAUGUAUCGGAGGGGAGGGGGGGUGAAAAAAAAUGGGUUUCUUUUCCCCCGAUUCUGUGUUUUUAAUAGGGGUUAUACACUUCUAUUUUCUGGAACAAAAAGAAUCCAAAUUUAUCUGUUCUGAGGCCAAAUUUGGCGCAGGUCUCGUGAGAACUGUUUUUUAUGAAAAGAGGCUUCGGGUUACUUUGAUAUCCAACCCAACAGAUCUGACCAGUUUCAGAUUCAGCGGCUGCCUAAUUUUGUUAGCCUUCAUUCCUUGAUUAUGUUUUUUAAUACCAUAAAGUGUUAUGCAAACUCAUAACAGUUAGAUUACUUUAUGGUUCAAUUGGUGAUGUGAACCUAGAAGAACGGUUAAACCAGCUUCAUGUUGGGUUAAUUCUUUAGCCCCAAUACAGUACAUUUUGGGUAGAUAGCAUGAUCCAUUUUAAUAGACUUUGGGUCCCAUAAAAAAAAUGACCAGUUGUAUUAAAAAAAAAAAAGCAGCAGUACAGGUAGUCCUUGACUUACAAUCACAAUUAAUCCUAAAAUGUUUGUUAUUAAGUGAGACAAUUGUUAAGUUAACCACUGCAGUUAAUAUGCUAGUAAGAUGGUUGUUCAGUGAAUCUGGUUUCCCCAUUGGCUUGGCUUGUCAGAAGAUCACAAAAGGGGUCGCGUGACCCUGGGAUAUGGCAACCAUCAUAAGUAUGAGUCAGUUGCCAAGCAUUCGACUUUUGAGCACAUGAUCAAAUGCUGCAAAGGUCGUAAGUUUGAAACACCAUCAAAAAAAUUAAGAUGGCAGUACGAAGGGGUAGGCCUUCGAGCUUGUUGCCAUGACAACCAUUUGAAACCUGAGGCCUACAGGUCCCCUAGUGGUUGUACUAGCAUCUUAUCUGUCUAGAUCAGGGGAAGGCAACCUUGGUUCUUUUAUAACUCGUGGACUUCAACUCCCAGAAUUCCUGAGCCAGCCAUGCUGAGGAGAAAGGGAGCAGUUUCCAA